CCAUUGUUGUUUUCUCUUUCUCAUAUAUUGACUCAUUUUGUGAAAAAAAUAAGUUUUUAUCGAAUAUUUCAUUAAUUUCGCCAACAAAAUUAAAAAUUAACUAAGUAGAUAUAGCAAACAAAUAAAUUACUUUAAAUUUAUAACAAAAAAAUUGGUAUUUGCUGGAGCAAAACCAAACAAAAACACUCUGCACAGAGGAGACAUUUUUUCUACGAAGAAAGAAAAAAUGAAUAACAGAUUUUCCUUGUAAAAAAAAACAAACAAUUCGAAUAAAAUGAUUAUUAAUCUUAAAAGCGUCUUAAGCUUUUUGUCUAUUGUGGCAGUGGCCGUCCAAGCCAAUGAUGUGACUCCCCAGGUCUUUGGCAAUGUCCAAGAAGGCAUUGUGGCUGCCUUUGGAGAUUUCAAUUCGGAUGAACUGACUGAUGUGUUCAUAAUAAGGGAUCGCAAACAAACAUUGCAGAUUUUAUAUGGUGCUGACACUGAACCCUUAUUACGUGGUGGUCCCAUUUGCAUGUACAGGGAUCACGAGAUUGUCAGUGUAAUUCCAGGCGAUUUUGAUGGCGAUGCUCUAAUGGAUGUUGCUGUGGCCAUUAAACCGCAGGGCAGUAAGGUAAACACUUAUCAAAUCUAUGUCCACUGGGGUGGUCCGGAGGGACUCAAUUGUACAAGUGAACAUGCAGAACCUCUAUUGAAAACAAUGGGUGAACCUUUGGCCUUGGACUUUAAUCGCGAUAUGAUCAUUGAUUUAUAUGGCCUCAAUGAAAAGGGUGAUCGUAGAUUUUGGAUAUUUCAAAAGGCUCGGGUACCACCCCAUGAAAUAACGCAGGCCCCACCAAAUGGAGUUUCCACAACGGAACCUUCGAUAAGUAUACCCAACGCCAAUGCCUAUUUGGAUUUAAAUGGUGAUUUUACGGCCGAUUUGUUUGUACAGACCAAAGAUCACUAUGAAAUUUGGUAUGGAAAAGCCAAUGAAGAUUUUGCCUUUAAUCACACCAUUGACAUUUCCAUAGUGGGUUCUGAUUAUACUUUGGGUCAGGCAGUGUUUGCCGACUUUGAAUUGGAAGGUGUGGAGAACAUCAUAUUGCCUGUUUGCUUUCAUCGCAAAGAUUGUUCCAAUUCAACUAUUCUGGUACAUGAUGGUACAAACUUCCGAGAUAUCCAUGUAAACUUCAAAGAUCCCCAGGCUGUAAUGUGGGGUUUUGUCCCACCAAUUGAAGAUGAUGUUUAUCUAAAAACAAUUACUGCCAGAAGUGGAGAUUUCAACAUGGAUGGUUAUCCAGAUUUGAUCAUGACACUGCAGACCCUGACUGGACCAACCAAGAGAAUGCAAACUUUCCUUUUGGAAAAUGUGCCUUGUCUAAUGUGUAAUCCUCCGCUAAAGAGAACCUUUGAGGUAAAAUGGAAUGCCUUGAAUCCCAUGGGUAAUGAUACUGUGGCCGGGGCCUUUUAUGAUUUCUAUCAGGAUGGUGUUUUGGACAUAAUUUUAAUUGAGAAAAACAAAAAGGGCCAAUAUAAACCAUUGGCCUUCCGUAAUACCCUCGACUAUGAUGCUAAUUUUGUGAAAGUAAUUGUCCUAACAGGUCUUAUAAACAGUAAGAAUCCCACAUUACAUACCCCCUUGGGUCGUAAACGACGUACAUAUGGUACCAACUUGCCUGGACCUCGCAUAACCUACUUUACCACCACACAAGAUGGAGAUUUACAACGUGGUUCCUCGGUACAACUACCCCAAUCGUCAUAUUUUGCUUUACAGCUGCCCUAUACCAUAUUCGGUUUGGGUAGAACACCAAAUUUUGUGGAUUCCUUGACGGUCGGCUUGGGCCACAUGUCACGCACCUGGACUCAACUUAUACCCAAUUCACAAAUUAUCGUUGUGCCCAAACCCGUUGAUGAUCCACAACGUUGGAAGGCCCAGCUGUUUGUAACACCCAGUAAACUGAUUGUUAUGAGCGUUGUGGCGCUGGGUGGCACAUGCCUUGUUAUAGUUUUGAUUAUUUUAGUUUUAUACAUAAAAGAGAAACGCGAAGAUAAACAGGAGAAGCUGCAAGAAGCUCAUCGUUUCCAUUUCGAUGCUAUGUAAUGGGCAUACAUUUAAGCACUGCGUUUAAUAUAGUAUCCAAUUUAAUAUGUAUUUUUUUUUUAUCUCAAUAAGGUGAUAUUUUUAAGUUUUUCUCCUCUCAUUUUUUUUGCUUUAGUAAUAUUUGAAAAUUAUUGUUUUUAUAUGUUGUUUGAAUGUUUAUUAUUUAAGAUACUUAUUCCGCCUAAUUUCCCUCGUAUAAUUACCAAUAUUCUAUACACAUUUAUCUAAUGAAGUUUGAACCAAAUAAUCCAAUAAUAAUAAAAAAAAAAAACUAAUGAAAACUA